AGCCUGGAUGGCCCAUUUCAGUACUCGUCAAAGGAUCAGACCAUGUCAGCGCUUUUCUCAUAAAAUAUGCGAGUCACAUGACUCAGGUAUCAAAGAUGUGUCCGAACAGUCAAGUAUACCUCUCACUGAAUACAAGAAACCUCCCUUGGCAUUCCAGAAAUGUAGAGCGGGUAAGGCUUGCAAGAUUACUCAGCAUCUACUCCGUACUCGGUCUCAAAGAGUUGUGAGCAACAUGAAGACUUUGACGUCAUUACGCCCUUCAGAUUCCGCUUGAGGAUCUUAUAUCUGGAUCAGUACUGGGGCGCUUGGAUUUGUACUUGAAAAGCAUUGAUCCAUCAUAUCAUAUCACAGCUCUACAACCAUGACAUCCAAAUACCCCCUCGAUCAGACUUUCACCCACAAGUCUGCGACUCAUGAUUUCCAAAUCUAUUGGACACACAUUGGUGAUGAGACUCUGCCGCCUCUCGUGUUCAUUCAUGGUACGCCGUGGAGCAGUAUUGUCUGGGAAGAUCUCGUUUCCAGCCUCUGCAGUCGGUACCACAUCUAUAUCUAUGACCAUCCAGGAUUCGGCAUGUCACCAUCAUAUCGCCGUACAAAAGAUGCAGUGAAUGCCGACCAGAUUGAUUUAGAUGGAUCUCUGGUCCUUCGUGCGGAAGCGAGUGCCGCUUUAUUUAAACAUUGGACCUUGCCCCGUCGGCCGCAUGUGGUAGCACACGAUAAUGGUGGUCUGGUCUCUAUGCGGCUUUUGCUACAACAUGGGAACGAAUUUGCGAGCUUAACCCUGAUCGAUGUGGUGAUUGUGGGUCCUUUUGGCCUACCGUUUUUCAAAUUAGUCGCCGAGAAUCAUGGUGUAUUUGAAGCUAUUCCGCCGCAUAUGAGUGAAGGACUAGUUCGUGCAUACGUCAAGAGCGCUGCGUUCAAGCCAAUCUCGAAGGAAAUUGAAGAUAGACUCAGCUCCCCAUGGCUUGCAAACGGAAGCCAGGGCACAAGCCGAUUUCUGCAGGAAAUGGUCCAGGCCCACAACCGUGAUGUGAGCGAUGUUGAGAAAGAUUAUGCGGGUGUGGGAAUUCAAACACCAGUCAAGAUCAUCUGGGGCGCCGACGAUGCAUGGCUACCAGUCGAGAUAGCAGGUAGAUUGAAAAAGGCUCUGAAUGCACAAGAAAUGGUUCUGGUCGAUGAAGCUGCCCAUCUGAUUCAUUACGAUCAGCCCAGCAAACUUGCAUUGGAAGUCGGCGUUUGGCUCGGCCAGCAUAGAUGA